AUGGCUGAGACAAUGCGAAUGCGAGUUUAUGGAAAACAUCCAACUUGUGCAAACUUAACAAGGCUCGAAGAACGUAGGAGCCGUAGACUUGCAUUACGGUUAGAUAGAAAUCGUAAGCCAGAUAAGCCUGAAGACUUUGUUUGCUAUGAGUCAAGUGAUGAUGAAGAAGAAACUGUUAUGGAAGGUCGUCAAUAUUUAAAAACUUCAUUUAAUUUUGUAGAUUAUGUUCGUGCACGGGAAACAAAUACUAAAGAAGUUAGAAAAAUUAAUCAAGAAUAUGGUUCAAGACAUAUAUUGACUCAUGAUUUAUUUAAAGAAUAUCCUAUCACUUUAACUAAUAUGAACAAGGUAUUUUGUUCACAGUGGUUGAGUGAUAGACAAGUAGUUUUUGGUACCAAAUGUAAUAAACUUAUGGUUUAUGAUGUAGCUACACAAAAAUUAGAUCAAAUACCGUCGUUAUACGGUCGUAAUUCAAGUACGAAUAAUGCCUCAACUGCUGAACAACAGUCUGGUAUACAUUCUGUUCAAAUUAAUCCAUCGAGAACAUUAUUAAGUACUGGAGGUAGAAAUUGCAAUGAAAUAGCCAUUUAUCGAUUGCCAACCUUAGAUCCUGUAUGUGUUGGAGAAAAUGGCCACAGAGAUUGGGUGUUCGAUAUGUGUUGGCUCGACGACGAAUUUUUAGUAUCAGGUUCGAGAGACACUAAAAUGACAUUAUGGCAUAUAAAUAACGAACUUGCGACUGCUUCGGACAAAGCAGAUGUCCCAAAGCCUGAAUCAAUUCAACCAGUUUGUGUAAAAGAAUGUCGAUCAGCGCAGAAAGUUCGUGCAUUGGUGUUCAAUAAAGCUAUUAAUGAAAUUGCUGCAUUAUCUUUAAAUUGUUACAUACAUAUUUGGUCUGCUGAAACGUUUAAACAAAAAAUAUCAAGAAAGCUUCCAGCAUGCCAAGAAAAUGUUUGUUUAGCUGUUCAAGAUGGUGGUGUGUAUGCAGUCGGAUGUCGCUCAUAUACUCUUUUAUUGGAUGCACGAACACUUCAACCAAUUAAAAAAAUUCCAUCUAGGUAUACUGGUUGCGGAAUACGAUCUGCUAGUUUUCAAGGGUCUGUGCUUACAAUUGGUACAGGAUUAGGAAUGUUAAUGUUUUAUGAUGUCAGAGCUCAAAAGUAUUUAGAAUCAUCAAUAAAUUCUAAUCGAACUGUAGUUUUGAAAGCUUCUAAAGGAUACGUUUUCCCAGAUGAAGAAUUCAUGGACGGUGUUCAAAAUGUAAAAUACACACCAGCAAUAUAUACACACUGUUACGAUGCAUCCGGUACUCGUCUAUUCACAGCUGGCGGACCACUUCCAGCAAAUUUUUAUGGGAAUUACGCUGGAUUAUGGCAAUAA